AUGGGUCUGCUAUGCGGUUCGUCAUCGACAUCCAAGAAACCAGUUGAGAGGAAAAUAGUCAUCCUGGGGGACGGUGCUUGUGGUAAAACCUCGCUGCUGAACGUGUUCACGAGGGGUUACUUCCCAGAAGUGUACGAGCCAACAGUCUUUGAAAAUUACAUCCACGAUAUCUUCGUAGAUGGGAAACAUAUUACUUUGUCCCUUUGGGAUACAGCGGGGCAGGAGGAAUUUGACAGGUUGAGGUCACUUUCGUACUCAGACACGCACACCAUCAUGCUAUGUUUCAGUAUAGACUCGCAAGACUCGCUAGAGAACGUUAAGAACAAGUGGGUCGGUGAAAUCACAGACCACUGCGAUGACGUCAAAUUGGUCCUCGUCGCUCUGAAGUGCGACUUGAGAGACAGGGACAACGAGGGGAAGGCCAUCACCCCAAACAAUAUCCACCAGCAGAACGGCAGACCAAGCAAGAACAACCUGAUACCUUACGAGGACGGCCUGGCCAUGGCCAAGCAGAUCGGCGCACUCCGCUACCUCGAAUGCAGCGCCAAGUCCAACAAGGGUGUCAACGAGGCGUUCACAGAGGCUGCCAGAGUCGCACUCACAGCUGGUCCGCAAGUGAGUACCGAGGAGGACAAUCACGAUAGCAGCUGCACGGUCAUGUGA